GCGCUCGGCCCGAACAUGGCGACACGGAGCAGCAGGAGGGAGUCGCGGCUCGGCGUCCGGGGGGCCCGGGGGGCGCGGGCGCCGCCGCCGCUGUCGCCGCUGCCGCCGCCGCCGCUGCUGCGGCCGCCGCUGCAGCUGCUGCUGCUGGUGGUGCUGCUGCUGCCGCUGGCCGCGCCGGGCGCUGCGGGCAGCGGGGGCCGCGCGCCCACACUGGCCGGCGGCCACGCGCCCCGGCCCCAGGACCGCGGCUUCCGCGUGCUGCGGGGAGACCCGCGCGGGUACAGCCGCGCCGCGCCGCCGCGGAGCCGCCGGAGCGCUGCCCUGCCGCCGCAGCCCAUCCAGGUGUACGGACAGGUGAGCCUGAAUGACUCCCACAACCAGAUGGUGGUACACUGGGCCGGGGAGAAGAGCAACGUCAUCGUGGCCCUGGCCCGGGACAGCCUGGCCUUGGCACGGCCCAAGAGCAGCGAUGUGUACGUGUCGUACGACUACGGCAGGUCCUUCGGGAAGAUCUCGGAGAAGCUGAACUUCGGCGCGGGCAACAGCAGCGAGGCCGUCAUCGCCCAGUUCUACCACAGCCCCGCGGACAACCGGCGGUACAUCUUUGCCGACGCUUACGCGCAGUACCUCUGGGUGACGUUCGACUUCUGCCGCACCAUCCAAGGCUUCUCCAUCCCCUUCCGGGCCGCCGACCUGCUGCUACACAGCAAAGCCUCCAACCUGCUUCUGGGCUACGACAGGUCCCACCCCAACAAGCAGCUCUGGAAGUCGGAUGACUUCGGCCAGACGUGGGUCAUGAUCCAGGAGCACGUCAAGUCUUUCUCUUGGGGCGUCGAUCCCUACGACAAGCCCAACACCAUCUACAUUGAACGGCACGAGCCCUCGGGCUUCUCCACCGUGUUCCGCAGUUCCGACUUCUUCCAGUCCCGCGAGAACCAGGAGGUGGUCCUGGAGGAAGUGAGAGACUUCGAGAUCCGGGACAAGUACCUGUUCGCCACCACGGCCGUGAACCUUCUGGGCAGCGAGCAGCAGUCUUCUGUCCAGCUCUGGGUUUCCUUCGGCCGGAAGCCCAUGCGAGCAGCCCAGUUUGUCACCAAACAUCCUAUUACUGAGUAUUACAUCGCCGACGCGUCGGAGGACCAAGUGUUCGUGUGCGUCAGCCACAGCAACAACCGCACCAACCUGUACAUCUCCGAGGCCGAGGGCCUGCGCUUCUCCCUGUCCCUGGAGAAUGUUCUCUACUACAGCCCCGGCGGGGCGGGGAGCGACACCCUGGUCAGGUACUUUGCCAACGAGCCGUUCGCUGACUUCCACCGGGUGGAGGGGCUGCAGGGGGUCUACAUCGCCACCCUCAUCAACGGCUCCAUGAACGAGGAGAACAUGAGGUCCGUCAUCACCUUCGACAAAGGGGGCACCUGGGAGUUCCUGCGGGCUCCGGCCUUCACGGGCUACGGGGAGAAAAUCGACUGCGAGCUCGCCGAAGGCUGCUCCCUCCACCUGGCCCAGCGCCUCAGCCAGCUGCUGAACCUGCAGCUCCGCAGGAUGCCCAUCCUGUCCAAGGAGUCGGCGCCCGGCCUCAUCAUCGCCACCGGUUCGGUGGGGAAGAGCCUGGCCAGCAAGACCAACGUGUACAUCUCCAGCAGCGCCGGGGCCCGGUGGCAAGAGGCACUCCCUGGGCCCCACUACUACACUUGGGGCGACCACGGCGGCAUCAUCAUGGCCAUUGCGCAGGGCACGGAGACCAACGAGCUGAAGUACAGCACCAACGAGGGCGAGACCUGGAAAACCUCGGUGUUCUCCGAGCAGCCGGUGUUCGUGUACGGGCUGCUCACGGAGCCCGGGGAGAAGAGCGCCGUCUUCACGGUCUUCGGCUCCAACAAGGAGAACGCCCACAGCUGGCUCAUCCUCCAGAUCAACGCCACAGACGCCUUGGGGGUCCCCUGCACCGAGAAUGACUACAAGCUGUGGUCGCCCUCCGACGAGCGGGGCAACGAGUGUUUGCUGGGGCACAAGACGGUCUUCAAGCGCCGCACCCCGCACGCCACCUGCUUCAACGGCGAAGACUUCGAUCGGCCCGUGGUGGUGGCCAACUGCUCCUGCACCCGCGAGGACUACGAGUGCGACUUCGGCUUCAAGAUGAGCGGAGACUUGUCCCUCGAGGUCUGUGUUCCGGACCCCGAGUUCUCUGUGAAGGCCUCGUCCCCGCCCGUGCCUUGCCCCGUGGGCUCCACCUACAAGAGGACCAGAGGGUACCGGAAGAUCUCUGGGGACACAUGCAGCGGAGGAGACGUGGAGGCGCGUCUGGAGGGCGAGGUGGUCCCGUGCCCCCUGGCAGAGGAGAACGAGUUCAUCCUGUACGCCACGCGCAAGUCCAUCCACCGCUACGACCUGGCCUCGGGGGCCACGGAGCAGCUGCCGCUGACCGGGCUGCGGGCCGCCGUGGCCCUGGACUUCGACUAUGAGCGCAACUGCCUGUACUGGUCCGACCUGGCCCUGGACCUCAUCCAGCGCCUCUGCUUGAACGGGAGCUCCGGACAGGAAGUCAUCAUCAGCUCCGGCCUGGAGACCGUCGAGGCGCUGGCCUUGGACCCUCUCAGCCAGCUGCUGUACUGGGUGGACGCGGGCUUGAAGAAGAUCGAGGUGGCCAACCCGGACGGCGACUUCCGGCUCACGCUGCUCAAUGCUUCGGUGCUCGAUCGGCCCCGGGCGCUGGUUCUGCUGCCCGGUGAGGGAAUCAUGUUCUGGACCGACUGGGGCGAUGUGAGGCCGGGCAUCUACCGCAGCCACAUGGACGGCUCCGGCGUGUUCCGGCUGGUGUCCGAGGACGUCAAGUGGCCCAACGGCAUCACAGUGGACGACCAGUGGGUCUACUGGACCGACGCCUACCUGGACUGCAUAGAGCGGGUGGCUUUCAGUGGCCAGCAGCGCUCCGUCAUCCUGGACAACCUCCCGCACCCCUAUGCCAUUGCCGUCUUCAAGAACGAAAUCUACUGGGACGACUGGUCCCAGCUCAGCAUCUUCCGUGCCUCCAAGUACAGCGGGUCGGAGACGGUGGUGCUGGCCGGCCAGCUCACGGGGCUCAUGGACAUGAAGAUCUUCUACAAGGGCAAGACCCCCGGGAGCAAUGCCUGUGUGUCCAGGCCCUGUAGCCUGCUGUGCCUGCCCAAGGCCAACCAGAGCUGGAGCUGCAGGUGCCCAGAUGGGGUGUCUGGCCACGUCCUCCCGUCAGGGGAGCUGCUGUGCGACUGCCCGCGGGGCUACCAGCUGAGCAACAACACCUGCGUCAAGGAAGACGAUGCGUGUCUGCGGAACCAGUACCGCUGUGGCAACGGGAAGUGCAUCAACGCCAUCUGGCAGUGCGACUCCGACAAUGACUGCGGGGACAUGAGUGACGAGAGGAACUGCCCCACCACUGUGUGUGACCUGGACACCCAGUUCCGCUGCCGGGACUCGGGCACGUGCAUCCCGCUCUCCUACAAGUGCGACCUGGAGGACGACUGUGGGGACAACAGCGAUGAGAGCCGUUGCGAGGUGCACCAGUGCCGCAGUGACGAGUUCAACUGCAGCUCAGGGAUGUGCAUCCGUGCGUCCUGGGUGUGUGACGGCGACAAUGACUGCAGGGACUGGUCGGACGAAGCCUUGUGCACUGCCAUCUCUCACACUUGUGAGGCCUCCAACUUCCAGUGCCGCAAUGGCCACUGCAUCCCCCAGCGCUGGGCGUGUGACGGGGACAUGGACUGCCAGGACGGCUCUGACGAGGACCCUGUCAACUGUGAGAAGAAAUGCAACGGCUUCCGUUGCCCCAACGGCACGUGCAUCCCGUCCAGCAAGCACUGCGACGGCCUCCGGGACUGCUCCGACGGCUCUGACGAGCAGCACUGUGAGCCGCUGUGCACGCGCUUCAUGGACUUCGUGUGCAAGAACCGCCAGCAGUGCCUCUUCCACUCCAUGGUGUGCGAUGGCGUCGUGCAGUGCCGGGACGGCUCGGACGAGGACCCGGCGUUUGCCGGCUGCUCCCAGGACCCCGAGUUCCACAAGGUGUGCGACGUGCUCAGCUUCCAGUGCCAGAACGGCGUGUGCGUCAGCCUCAUCUGGAAGUGCGACGGCAUGGACGACUGCGGGGACUACUCGGACGAGGCCAACUGCGAAAACCCCACGGACGCGCCCAACUGCUCUGGCUAUUCCCAGUUCCAGUGUGGGAACGGCCACUGCGUGCCCAGCAGGUGGAAGUGUGACCGCGAGAACGACUGCGGAGACUGGUCCGAUGAGGCCGACUGUGGGGAGUCCCACCUCCCUGUGCCCACCCACGGGCCCUCCACCUGUCCGCCCAACUACUUCCGCUGCAGCCUCGGCUCCUGCGUGAUGGACAGCUGGGUGUGCGACGGCUACCAGGACUGCGCCGACGGCUCGGACGAGGAAGCCUGCCCGCUGCCAGCAAACGUCACGGCGGCCUCCACCCCAUCCCGGCCGGGGCGAUGCGACCGGUUCGAAUUUGAGUGCCGGCAACCCAGGAAGUGUAUCCCCAACUGGAAGCGCUGUGACGGCCACCGGGACUGCGCGGAUGGCCAGGACGAGGCCAACUGCCCCACGCGCAGCAGCCUGGCCUGCAGGAGCUGGGAGUUCCAGUGCGCCGACGGCGAGGCCUGCGUGGCGCUGUCCGAGCGCUGUGACGGCUUCCUGGACUGCUCCGACGAGAGCGACGAGCGGGCGUGCAGCGAGGAGCUGACGGUCUACAAGGUCCAGAACCUGCAGUGGACAGCGGACUUCUCUGGGGAUGUGACGCUGACGUGGACGCGGCCCAAGAAGAUGCCGGCCUCCGCGUGCGUGUACGACAUCUACUACAGGACGGUGGGCGAGAGCAUCUGGAAGGUUCUGGAGACCCACAGCAACAAGACCAGCGCGGUGCUGCGGGUGCUGAAGCCGGACACCACGUACCAGGCCAAGGUGCAGGUGCAGUGCCUGAGCAAGGCCCACAACACCAACGACUUCGUGACGCUGCGGACGCCCGAAGGACUGCCGGACGCCCCCCGAGACCUCCAGCUGUCUCUGCACAGGGAGGAGGAAGGUGUGGUCCUCGGCCACUGGCUGCCCCCCGCCCACAGCCACGGCCUCAUCCGAGAGUACAUCGUGGAGCACAGCAGGAGCGGCUCCAAGGUGUGGGCGUCCCAGCGUGCCGCCAGCAACGUCACCGAGAUCCGGGAGCUGCUGCUGAACACUCAGUACACCGUCCGGGUGGCCGCGGUGACCAGCCGUGGGAUAGGGAACUGGAGUGACUCGAAAUCCAUCACCACCACAAAAGGAAAAGUGAUCCCCCCGCCCCAGAUCCACAUCGAUGGCUACAGCGAGAAUUCGCUCAGCUUCACCCUGACCAUGGCUGGCACCAUCAAGGUCACCGGCUAUGUGGUCAACCUGUUCUGGGCUUUCGACAGUCACAAGCAAGAGAAGAGAACCUUGAACUUCCGGGGCAGCUCACUGUCCCACAGGGUGGGCAACCUGACCGCUCAGACGGCCUAUGAGAUCUCCGCCUGGGCCAAGACCGAGCUGGGCGACAGCCCGCUGGCCUUCGAACACGUCACCACCAAAGGCGUCCGCCCGCCCGCCCCGAGCCUCAAGGCCAAGGCCAUCAACCAGACCGCCGUGGAGUGCACCUGGACGGGCCCCAGGAACGUGGUGUACGGGGUUUUCUAUGCUACGUCCUUCCUUGACCUGUACCGGAACCCGCGCAGCCUGACCACGGCCCUGCACAACAGCACCGUGAUCGUCAGCCCCGACGAGCAGUACCUGUUCCUGGUCCGGGUGGUGGCACCCUACCAGGGCCCGUCCUCCGACUGCGUGGUGGUGAGGAUGAUCCCCGACAGCCGGCUGCCGCCCCGGCGCCUGCACGUGGUGCACACGGGGAAGACGUCUGCCGUGGUCAAGUGGGAACCCCCGUACGACGCCCCCGAGCAGGACUUGCUCUACGCCAUCACCGUGAAGGACCUGGUGCGGAGGAGCGACCGGAGCUACAAGGUGACGUCCCGCAACAGCACCGUGGAGUUCGCGCUCGGCAGGCUGGAGCCCGGCGGCAAGUACCACGUCAUCGUGCAGCUGGGCAACAUGAGCAAAGAGGCCACCCUCAAGCUGACCACCGUGUCAUUGUCAGCACCGGAUGCCUUAAAGAUCUUAACGGAAAACGACCACGUCCUUUUGUUUUGGAAAAGUCUAGCGCUGAAGGAGAAACAUUUUAAUGAAAGCCGGGGCUAUGAGAUCCACAUGUUCGACAGUGCCAUGAACAUCAGCGCUUACCUGGGGAACACGACGGACAACUUCUUCAAGAUCUCCAACCUGAAGCUGGGUCACAAUUACACAUUCACCGUCCAAGCGCGGUGUCUCGUCGGGAGCCAGAUCUGCGGGGAGCCCGCCGUCUUGCUGUACGACGAGCUGGGCUCCGCGGCCGAUACGUCGGAGUUGCAGGUGCCCAGGUCCACCGACGUGGCGGCCGUGGUGGUGCCCAUCUUGUUCCUGAUCCUGCUGAGCCUCGGGGUCGGCUUUGCCGUCCUCUACGCCAAGCACCGCCGGCUACAGAGCAGCUUUACCGCCUUCGCCAACAGCCACUACAGCUCCCGGCUGGGCUCGGCCAUCUUCUCCUCGGGGGAUGACCUGGGGGAGGAUGAUGAAGACGCUCCCAUGAUAACUGGAUUCUCAGACGACGUCCCCAUGGUGAUCGCCUGAAAGCGCUUUCCUCACUUAGAAACCAAAUGGUGUAAAUAUUUUAUUUGAUAAAGAUAGUCGAUGGUUUAUUUUAAAAGAUGCACUUUGAGUUGCAAUAUGUUAUUUUUAUAUGGGCCAGGAAAAAAAAACAAAAGCAAAAAAAAACAAAAACAAAAGAAGGAAGAAACUUUUUAGUAAUCAACUGUGAACUUCAAACCAGGUUGAUUUCCGUAACCAAACUGCUUUGACAUUACCGUGGCCCCACAGGGCUAUCUGCUCGCUGGACACGCUUCUACGUCUGUGGGGUCACUGCGGCUCAGUCCAUUGGCCAUUCUCUCUUUAUUUUUCUAAGACACAGAAAUGUAUCUGAUAAAGCUUCGCACGAGUGCGAGCUGCACGUUCCGUGUGGGCGUCUGGGGGAUGUGUCUCCCGUGUGUCUCUCUGUUUGACUGAUGCGGACGCGCUGUGACGCGCAGGGCUCACCAGAGCCCUCCCCCCUCGGGGGGGGGCCUGGCUCGGAGCCUGCCGCCACCCCCCCCCGGGGCGGGGGAGGGGCCCUGCCUGCAGGAGAGAGUUCCAGACCUGCGCCGUGACCCCGACACACUGGCAGAGAGAGUCUCUGUGUGUCCCGUGUCUGACCUGUCGUGUCUGACCUGUCGUCAGCGUCUUUACGUACCACUGAAGAAGCUUGAAUGUAGAACUCUGUGCUGACUGAGGUGGUGGCGGGCGGCCGUGAGGCGAGCCACGCGGACCUGCGCGUUGUCUCCUGGGCAUCGCCCGCGCCGGGCUGGCGCCGCCUUCUCUUCUCUCCUCCCUUCCACUGCUCUCGCCUGUGCCCCUGCCCGCCCCCCGCCCCACCCCGGAAAAGAGAAAGUGCCAUGCCCGGAAAGGCCCGGCCGGACCCUGCAUUCGGAUGCCGGCCACCUGGCGGGUGUGUGAGCAUCCCCGCCCCUCCCCCUCCUGCAUCAGCACCAACGUCUGGUCCAGCCUUGCUCCUCCUGGAUUGUGUCUGCUGGCAGCAGGGUGGCCUGUGACCCGAGGGAUCCCUCAAGUCUCCAACCCCCUUAGGCGCAAGGCACCUCCUCCAAGUAUUUGCUUCCUUUCAACCAAAAGUAUCACCCUCCGGCAGGAGUAUUGUUUGCGUCUCCAUAGCCAUUAUUUGGAAAACACAGAGCCAGUCAGUUUUUAAUAUUUUUCAUUUUAAUUUUUUUUUUGUGUGUGUGUGUGGGGGGGACACACCCGGCAGUGCCCAGGGGUUACUCCUGGCUCUGCACUCAGGAAUUACUCCUGACAGUGCUCAGGGGACUGUAUGGGAUGCCGGGGAUCGAACCCGGGUCGGCCGCGUGCAAGGCGAACGCCCUACCCGCUGUGCUAUCGCUCCGGCCCCUUUUUGCCCAUUUUUAGAAUGUUUUUUUUUUGGGGGGGGGGCAUGAGGCACAUGUUCAGCUGCUGGUGUCCGGCUGUCAUGUCGGCAGAACUCUUGUUUUAUUUUAUCCCGUGUUGUGGCGAGGGUUCCACUUCCGGCACACUUCCUCUUCUUUCUCUCCCUCUCUGGAGUUGUUUUUUUUAAUUUUUUUUUUUUUUUUAGCCCAGACUUGCUUCAGCUUUACCUUGUCUUAGAGCUGGGUCUUUUGGCGCCAGACGCUAAGCCCUCACCACCUCCUCGUCAAGGAGCGUGAGGCUCCGGAGAGAAAGCAGGCUGGCAAGAGGCAAGUCGCUGAUCUGAACCCUUAAAGUCGAUUUUCUUCUUUCCUUUCUCUGCAGACCUCCUGGUUGCACUUGUGAGCCGUCCCCAGGGGCACGCUCCCCGUGCCUCCCGUGCUCUGCACCCCGUCCUGGAGGCGGGCACCGUGCCGCUGGGGGAACAGCGGCUCUUAGGGCUAGAGUAUUUUCUGGCAGCGGGAACGCCCCAUUCGGUAUCCUGAGCUAGGGAGAUGCAGCCCCGUGUAAAUUGUCUAUUUUUAUGACCUUCCGACCACGUACUCUUCCCCUCUCUGCAGACCUUUGUGGGUUCUGCCGUGUCUGGGCUGCCUCUGCGGGCGGGCCACCGCUGUCUUCACUGUGACUGUCACAGCCCCUGGGGCCAAGGGGGCUUUUGGACCUUGGUUGCGCCUCAGUCGACUGCACUGUACAGGGAAAAGGUUCUGUCGUGUCCUGGGUCCGUUAGCCUGGGGGCGGGUGGAGAACCGGGAGGGAGGGAGGGCGGGUGGGCAUGCACUGAUUCUCUCGGGAAGCUGGAUGUUGUUCCUAUUUGGAGCUCUGGGUUCUGGGGUGUCCGAUGGCCUCAGGGUUCCGGGGAGAGGCUGUGUCUGGAGUUUAGAAGAAGCUGGAGACUGGAAGUGGGGCUUGGGUUUCAGUUGAGGGGGCCUCUGUGCUGCACCCCGUGUAGCGAAGGAGACCCUUUGCAGAUCAGGGACUGUUCUGAAGUGGGAGGUACUCAGAGAUGAGUCACUCCCAGCUUCUCCAAGCAGCGCCCGGUCUUGAGGUACCCACACAGGGGGCGCUGUGGGUGAGACCCCUGCCCCACGCACCUCUCCAGGGAAGAGCCUGAGGAGAUGGUUCUCCUUCUUUGGCAGAGAGUUGGGGGCUGGGGGCGGGGGGCGGGGAGCGCCGGGAGACAAGCCAACGGACAUCAUCCCGCCUUUCGGGACGGACCCUCAAGCUGCAGAAUCUUCCCUUUUUUGAGGACGCUAUCUCGACGCCCUCUGUUAAGUUUGUUUCUGUUUUUUGUUUUUAACUGGAGUGUGUGCUACCGUUCAGGUACAACUUUUGUGAAAUAAAAGCCAGUGCAUUAAGUUUAUAUAGACUACUUUCUAUGCAAGACUGAGAGAUGGAUGGAUAGAAGAGAGGCAUACGGUGGGGUUACAGAGGGAAAGCUUGUUUCCAGGAGGGGUCCCACGGAACGUGGCUUGAGGGAGGUCACACAUGUUUUCUGCCCAGAGCCAAGAAACCCAAGAACGGCCGUCAGCUUCACGUGGGACACCUCCCAAAGCUGAGGUGGGACAUUAUUCUCGGAUAUUCCAUGUCAUUUCUCAUUUAAAGACUCUUGUUACAAAUUAUUAGGAACUUUAGGCGAAAUCAAAAGUAUUGGCAGCAAAAUAAAGGCCUUUUCUGCUCUUCAAGUGGACACUGUAUACUAGUUUCUCUCCAAAGCCACCUUAGGUAUUUAUGGUUUCAAUUGCCUUGACACAUUUCCAAAUCGUUGGUUUAUGCAGAAAAUUUUACUAUAUUGUUGCACAAUUGAAAGAUGAUUUUGUCUCUAUGUCAACUUUUUUCACUGAAUAAAAAUGUAACCGGGUCAAGCAAGCACCUGCUUGAAAACCUGC